CUUCACCGCUCGCUUGUUCCUAAACAAAGCGGUCCGGAAGUGAUAAAAGGACAACGUCUCAGUUCUCUCUCCGCUGAAGGCCUAAGAUGGCCCGUUACAGGUAUUUCAUCUUCAAUCAGAAGAGUGUGCUGGUGCUCGGCAUCCUUCAGGUGGCGUGUGCCGGGCUCUGCGUGGUGUGCGGCUUCAUGGACGCAGUCUUCCGCAAAAACACUACUUUGAGUGAAACUAGAGCACCACUUUGGGCUGGAUUGAUUAUGGCUGCCCCAGGAGUGCUUUCUCUCUUUGCAUCCCAAAAGAAAAAUCCUGUUCUGGUAAACAUCAUGAUAGUGUCCGCUGUGAUGUCUUUUGUUGCUGUUGUGAUUGUGUUCGUCUACUCUUGCGUCACUCUCAGUUAUGGAGAGGAGGAUGAUGAGAUCUUCCAUGCCCAUCCUGUCCCGGAAGUGAGGUUUGUCCUUAGUCGGAUGGUAAAAGGCGCUAAUGUCACACUUCUGAUGGCUUGCACGGGUUCCCUGCUUUUCUCCUCUCUUAUCACGUUUGUUGGCUGCCGCAGCCUCCCGCUCUGUGGCUGCUACAAUUCUGUAAACGGCAUGGAGUUUCUUGUUCCACAGAAUGACCCUAGUGCUCCAACAGAACUGAUCUGCACUUGGCAGGGUGGAGAUGAGCGAAUCUUUAACUCUCCCGUGUCCUUCAUGGAUCAGUGUCUGGAUCAGGAACAGCGAGAGAUCUCCACACUUCCGCCUUACAGCAGACUAGCAUAAGAAUUGCUGACUUUUAAAUGUGUGUCUGUAGUUGUAAGCCGUUUUUAUUCGCUUGCGAGGUAUUUAAUUCAUUAAUUUGGCCCAGUUUGUAAAGGGAUUUUAUUUGAGUUGUCUUUAUUUAUUAUCAGUGCCAUAUUCUGUAAAUUUAUAUGAUCUUAGUAUUUUACAUUUUAAAUAAAUUGCAGCUACAAGACUGAUGUUUUAUACAUGUUUUACAAUAAAUAGUUCUGCUAAAAAUGAAUAUUAUUAGUGCUUUCUUUUAUAAAAGUACAAACUAGUUUAGCAUAAAACUUGAACCAUGGAGAAUCUAAUAUCAGCUCCAAAUGAAAACCGUCUCCAAAGAUUUCAGAUUUUCCAAAAUGGUACAGACAAAUCUAGAGACAAUUCAAAGAUGAGAGCUUUAUUUCUUAGUAAACCAUUAAAACUUUUGAAACCAAAACCGCAACGGUAUGAUUUUUUUUUCAUAUGCAUUUGAUUUGUAGCACAUUGAUUGUUGAUGUAGUUUUUUUUCCCUUAUAACUAACACUCCAACUCAUGACCAAUAGGCAUGUUUUAGUCAAGAUACAUGUUUUGCAUGCUUGAUAUAUUUUUUGGCAUGGUACUGUUUUUGUAACCCUGAUAUCAUGAAUUGGCUCAUACACUUGCAAAAUGCAUAAUGAAAACCAAAACCUUCAAAAUAACAACAAUAAUUUAAAAUACAAAAUGUAGCACACAUGUCAUUCAAGUGCCAUAACAGUAUGUUUUUCAACAUACAGUUUUUGUGGCUUUCUGAGAUCAACUUGUUUUCAUUCAUUUGUUAGAG